AUGACGUCGCUCGUGUUUCUUUCCGUUAUUACUGGAUUGAUUAUCGCCAUUAGUACUGUGAUCCACUAUUUUUUCUCACUUUUACACAUACUUUUCAAGAAACCUAUUCGUCCAACAGGUGCAGUGGAAAUUGAUCCUAUAGAACAUAUAUACGUACAUCCAGAAUGUACAAAAGGAUUGAAAGAUUACUCUUCAAAUUGUGCUACAACAGCAUAUGAAAGUUUCUUAUCUGGUCUUCGGUUGAGUGGAGAUCGACCACAAUUCUCAUACAGACAAUCAUCCGAUGAACCAUUUAAAUCUUAUACUUAUAAGCAAGUAUUUGAAAUCAUCAAAGAAAUCGGUAGUGGCGUCGUAAAUAUCGGUUUCAAACCCUCGUCUGAUACUUUCAUUGGAAUUUAUUCUUCAACAUCAGUUAAUUAUGCCUUGUGUCUCUACUCAGCCUGGCCAUAUUCAAUGGUGCCUAUUGGUAUUUAUGAUUCACUGGGUCGUGAUGGCGUCAAGUUUAUCAUAAUGCAAAGUGCUGCUGAAAUAAUUUUUGCUGAUAACUUAACACGUGUGAAAAAUCUAAUUGAAUGGAAAGAUGAAACAGUAUCUUUAAAAACAAUUGUUAGUUUUGUUGAAACAACAGAAGAAUUAGUACAAUUAGCUGAUGAUAAAAGAAUAAAACUGAUGACACUUGAUAAGUUAAGAGAAAUCGGUCGAAAUCAUCUAGUAGAGCCAGUACCACCGAAACCAACUGAUACAGCAAUGAUCAUGUAUACAAGUGGAAGCACAGGAGAACCAAAAGGUUGCAUUAUUUCGCAUGAUGGUUUUAUGUCUUCAAUCUAUGGAACUCUAGCUUCUUUGAAUUUAUUGAAUAUACCAGAAAACGAACUACACCGAGUAUUAAUGUAUUUGCCCUUGGCACAUGUAUUUGGUUGUGCAACAAUUGCUGGUGUAAGUUAUUUCGGUGGAGAAGUUGGUUUCUGGCAAGGUAAAGUUGAGAAAUUGCUUGAUGAUUUUCGUGAUUUUCGACCAACAGCUAUUACAAUUGUACCACGUUUACUGAAUAAAUUAUAUGAUAAAGUUCUAUUAGAAUCACGUAAAAAAGGUAUCAUAGGGCAAACUUUAUUAAAAUUGGCUAUUCAAGGUAAAUUAGCCCUUAUUCGACGAGGAAACUUUUCUCAAAAUACUAUUUGGGAUAAACUUAUUUUUCGAAAGAUUCGUCAAUCAUUUGGUGGUAAAGUCAAUCGUAUUAUUUCAACCAGUGCGCCACUCUCACGUGAAGUUUGCCAAUUUUCACGUGCUGCAUUUUCAUGUGUUUUUAUUGAAUGUUACGGUCAAACCGAAUGUAUUAUGGGUUGUGCACAAUCAAUAAACGAUAUUGAGCCCGGUGCUACUGGUACACCGACACCACUGAAUUAUCUUAAACUAGUUGAUGUACCUGAGAAAGAGUACUACGCUAAAGAUGGUAUUGGAGAAAUAUGUGUGAAAAGUCCCGCUGUAUUUAAAGGUUAUUUGAAAGAUGAAGCGAAAACACGUGAAGCUAUCGAUGAACAAGGCUGGUUACAUACAGGUGAUAUUGGCCGAUGGACACCACAUAAAACAAUGCAAAUUGUUGACCGAAAGAAAAAUAUGUAUAAGCUAAGUCAAGGUGAAUAUGUAGCACCGGAAAAAAUCGAAGAUGUAUAUGCACGUAGUCGAUUUGUAUCACAAAUAUUCAUUUACGGUAAUUCACUGGAAAAUUUUCUCGUCGGUAUUGUUGUAUUGGAGGAUGAAUAUAUAAAACAAUGGGCGAGUAAUCAAGGUUUUGAUCUUCAAGAAAAUUUAUCAUCUGAAAUGAAGAAGAAAUUAAAACAAGUUGUACUUGAUGAUAUGAUUUGUGAAGGAAAACAACGUGGUCUAAUGUCUUUUGAACAAGUUAAAGUCAUUGAAUUUAUUCAGGAACCAUUUUCAAUUGAAAAUGGACUUUUGACACCCACAUUCAAAGCACGUCGAUAUGCUGUAGAAAAAAGAUAUAAGGAUCUGUUUGAGAAAAUUUAUAAAACUGCUAACGCGUGA